CAAAAAUGGCUGCGCCCACAGACGAUCAUUCGCCAGUGUAAUAUCCGUACAUGAGUUGGCAACAUGGGUGACUCACCCCCACCUAGCAAACUAACUCUGCUCCUGGCGGGAUUCGACAGGUCGGCACUGCGUCAAACGGACACCACUGUGACGACAGUGGACGGCCGACAGAUCGUGGAGGGAAAGGACAAGCGGGGGAGGCUGGUGGUGAAGAGUGUUAUCACCGGAGAGCAGGGCUACGUUGGAGAUGUAUGGCAGGAUCUCCAAGUGGGCGAAGUCUUGCCAGGACUCAUCAUGGGCUCUCAAGAUGUUGCUCACAGUGACGAGAUCUUGAAGACAUACAAAGUGACUCACAUCCUCAACUGUGCGACUCUGGUGGAGAAUCUCUACCCAUACAAAUACAAAUACCUGACUAUCGAGUUGCGCGACACUCCACAACAACUGAUCAGGCAGCACUUCACCGAGGCCCUGGAUUUCAUCGACGAGGGGCGGAAGGCUGGCUGUGUGCUGGUGCACUGUAACGCGGGUGUGUCGAGGUCGGCCACAUUUGUUAUUGCCUACCUGAUGCAGCACGAGGGGAUGAGUUUCGAAGAGGCCUUCAGAUACUUGAGGACCAAGCGAGAGAAGACGUGUCCAAACCCAGGGUUCGUCUCUCAGUUGAAAAGAUACGAGGAAGUACUCAAACAGCAGAGAUCACAAAAAGAGAAGGGGGAAACGAAAAAGAAAAAGAACAAGUUGUGACUGGUGAUAGUUGUACUGUAGAUUGAGUGAUGAAUGUGUGGUAGAAGAAAGGAAUGUUUAGUGACACCCCAGCAUAUUGUACCUCUUUAGAAUAGAACAUGAAAGUCUAUGAUGAAUGAAUCUUUUUUACUGUAGUUAUGUGUGGUAGACAAAAAAAAGAAGAAAAGAAAUGUUUGUUUAAUGACACCUCAGCAUAUUUUAAACUCUUGCUACUUUGGUGUUUUCCCUUGAUGAUGGUUACUCUAGUGACCCACCACACCUGAGGUGAAUGUUCUGUCACUGCGCUAUGUAUCAUCCCUAAACAGAAUGGCUAAUGACACCCCAGCACAUUGUUUAGCCAGUAGUAUAUUUUACCAGCUGUGGUUAGAAUAGUACAUGGUAGAAACCGAGGCAUAAUCAGGAAGGGCCUGAUGUUGUAACCAGUGUGUAAACAGAGGGGAUUCAGAUUAGCAACCUGUAAGUGUUUACAGGUUGUUCAAAGUAGAAUUUAUCUUUAUGAAGGAAAGGGCUCAAAAUUAUCAUUUCCUUUCGAGUAUCAAAUACACUCACUAUGCCACUGUUGUAAAAAGAUUAUUUGAAAAUAUCAUUACAAUGGCAGCUAAGGCUAUUUUUUUAUAAUUAUUCAAAUAAUUUUAUCUUUGGAGUUGAUUGGAUUAUUUGACUUCAUUAAUGAGGUUUAUAUAGUUGUAUCUCCAACGAUUCACUUAAUAUUGUAUAACAGUAUUUUUUUUUUUGAUAUGUAAGGUACCAAUACAGUGAGACCUUGAUAAUCUGGAUGGUGUGAUUUUUCCUAAAAGUGUCUGGUUUAUCGAAUUUCUGUAGUACUGAAUCAUACAUGAAGACUUAUUAGUCCCCACCGGUCCAGCCAGAGGGGACUAUAGGUUUCAUCUCCGUCCUUCUGUCCGCCUGUCUGUCUGUCCCACAUAUGUUUUCCGGAUGUUUUGUGCAGAAGGCUUUGAGAUAUUGAGCUGAAAGUUUGUAUAUAGCUUUAUCAUGUACUGUUACAGAUCAAGUUUAACUUGCAUGGCAAAUUUACCCAUUUUUGAGAGAGUUAUGGCCCUUGAACUUAAGAGAUAUGAAAAUUAGUUUUCCACUUUCGUUUUGCAAUAACUGAAAAUAUUGAGGUGAAAUUUUGUAUAUAGCUUUAUCAUGUAUAUAUUGUUACUGAUCAGGUUUAACUUUCGUGGUGAUUUACCCACUUUUCACUGAUGUUUGGCCCUUGAAUUUAGGAUUCCCUUGAAUGGAAAACCAAUAAAAGAAAUAAGCAACAAAUACAGAUUUGUAUAUAAAAGAUUUAUAUAAAAAAAAAAAUUCUACAUGUAUAUAUAUUUUUUUAAACCAAUUCAAUUUUAAAAGCUAUUUCUUAACUGGAUUUUGAAUUUUUUUAAUUUAUCUGUACCAACAUUUUUCUUUCAAUUUAAAGGCAGUACUUUUGCAACAUUUUCAUUUCUUGGGAUUAGUGUAAAAAUAAUAUACAGUUACAUGUUGUCAAGGACAAUUGGCCUUAAUUUUAUUCAUUACAUUUUAUAAAGGCAAUGAACAUAACAAAACGGUAUGCUAUAUCGGUGAACCAUGUCAUUCCCAAGUUGAAGGAAACUAUCGAACAAACCAACAAUUAAACAUACUCAUAGUUGUGAGACCUAACCUUUGGCACAUGUUGUCUAGUGGUGUUUACUGGCCAUGGUAGUGGCUACUGUUGCUUACUGGCCUUGGUUGAAAAAAGUUAUAAUUUUUUUUUUUUUUACAGUAAAUAAUCUGUUGCAAGAAAUUACAUCCGGUCAAGUGAAGCAAAUUGUUUUUAUUUGUUACAAAUUGUUUUGGAUAAUGGUCGUCCAGUUCCGGAAGCUGAAUAUCUGGAUUAAUGAACACAUUUAUAUAGUGGAGAGUUUGUUGUGUAUGUCGGGUGUCUGUAAGGUGGGGUUUCUGGACUACUGGAGUCCAGACUACAGAGGUCUCACUGUAAAUAUUUAGAAUCUUUUUAUUAUUAUCUCUCCACCUGCUACAGACCCCGGUCGAGCUGCUGGUGCUCGUUUGCACCUGCCAGUGCAGGUGAUCCCUUCUCCCACCCACCUCAACCUUUCCUGUCCUAGAUGAAUGUGCAUGUUAUAACAUAACAUUUAUUAUUACAUGUACAUACUUAGCUCAUUGUUAUACUUGGUGCUACAUGUUUAAUACUGUGUACCUGGUAUGUUUAAAUAUACACAUAUACAACACAAUAUGCAUUUUAUUCUACUUACAUUACAGAAAUGGAUGUUACUGAUAGUAUAAAUAUUAGUGCAAAUUACAUAUUUUAUUUUCUAGCUGUCUUUGGAGAGGUUUUGUACUGGUUUGUAAGAAAAGAAAUAUGUACACUGGUAUAUACAUGUAUAUAUAUAAUUUAUGCUGUAACAAGUAGACAUUUUUAUCAUCCCAAUUCCAAAACAUAGUAAUUCACCUUUUGGUAAAAAUUGAGAUACAAUCACAUAUUACAAUUUUUCUAGUUUCUAGAUGAGCCCAGUUUAUAUAGAUAGUUCUGUUAUUGAUUUGCAGUUAGCUUGUUUUACCACUGGCAAAGUCAGUUACGUCAGUGGAAUCUUCAUCAUAAAACAAGAACCUGGCACAUCCAGCAACCAAAUCAGUUUCACUUCAUGUAUAUCCAUAAAUAAAAAUCACAUGCAAGAAUCAUUAGGGUUGAAUUCACAAAGCCUAUUUGUCUUACACAUGUGUAACUACAUACAUUUACAUAAGUUAAACACCUGCGUUUGAGAAAAACAGGCUUCGUAAAUUCGGCCCUUAUUUUUAAGCAAUAAUGUUUUUUGGGCAAUUAACCAGUCUUUAAUUAGGCAUACUGUGACUAUUUUUUAUUUGUAUCAAAACAACUAAAAAGAAAGCUACUAUAUUUGGCCAUUGGAUGACAUCUGUGCAAAACAAACUGAAGAUAUUACCGUUAUGUUUAUGAUACAAUUAUUUAUACCGAUAUAUAUAAAUUUGUACAAACUGAAGCUCAUUUUGGUGGUGUGAGGUGUGUGUGCUUUUUCUCAAACAUAAAGAGGCUGGAUUUACAGUCUGUUUAUGAUUUACACACAUGUAAUUACAUGUAUUUACAAUGCUUAAACACCUGCGUUAAGCAAAACAGAUUUCAUAUAUUCGGCCCGUAUUGUUUCAAUGCUGUUAAACGAGACUCACAUGAAUAAUAAGAUAUGUGUACAUCCUAGUCAAGACAAUAGUUGGAAAAAAAAAGAGUUGGACUUUGAAGAUGUUGGUUGAUUAACAUCCUGUACAAAGGUUAUUUUCUUAGCUAUUUCUCAAUUUUGUGAUAUUCUAAUUUAUAACACAAUUUGUUUUUUAUUUAAAUUAUAAAUGCCUAGAAAUUAUACUGUACUGUACUGGUACAGUAACUCUGUGAUAUACUUCAUUGCUGCUCAUGACAUAUUUCCACGGAAUAUAUCCUAGUCUAGUAUAAAAUAAUUAUUUGGAAGAAGUGAACCCUGCAAGUUCCAGUAGGUUAUUGUAAAAGAGAACAUCCAAUAUUAAAAACUUUGUUGUUAUUAACUUGAAAAUGAAGUUACAUUGUUGAAAAGUGGCAAAUCAAUUUUUAAAAUGUACAAUUAGCCUGUUUUAUGGAAAUAAUUAUAGAAUUAUCAAUGUCAAUAUGUACAAACUACUAUUGCAUAGUUUUUUUCAUAAUUUCACCAAUUUGGAAUAAAAAAUAUUAUUUUGCAUGGCACUGUGUGAUUCAUUUUGAUCUUCGUUUUGCUUUAUAUUCAGUAUUUACAUUACAAUGGAUUAUAGAAAAGAUUUAAGGCAAUAAAGAUAUUUUGGUACAA